UUCCGUUUGUUACAACCACUCACGUGGUGGCUGACGCGCUAUUUCCAUAUCCUGUUUUGGUUGGACCAGAAAGUGGAAUAUAGACAGAAAAUGAUUACCGCCGAGUCGUCCGUUACAGUAUACUACUACUGGUUUGCAGCAUGAAUAAAUAAGUGUUACUAUAGCAACUUGCCACAUUAAUCGUGCAACUGCUAUUUUCAUAGUGGCUGAUGUAUCUAGCGAACUCUAGCUGCUUGUUGCAUUAAGCUACUGCCAUUGCCUAGCCCGUUCCACAUAGUGGCUGAUUUUAAGAACAUGUCCCUCCCGUGUCUUUGGCGGUAAAGUGCGAAGGUCGUGUUUUAUUAUUUUUUUUACAAUAGCGUUAAACGGAUUGUAGUACUCAAUAUAAUGUAUUACCCGCCCAUGCAGUCUUAUUGUGUAGUCGUUGGCGGUGUGGUGUCAUGGAACAGCUGAAUGAAGAGCGGCUGAAGAUUGCCGAGACUCAACUGAAAGACCUUUUUCCUCAAUCUAUGCAGGUUUACGGUUACAUUUUCCAGAAAAACAGAGCCAAGGAUGACCAGGUUCAUGUUUUGGUGGACCGCUGGCCAGAUUUCAAUGUUGUUAUCUGCCAGCCAGUUAAUCAGGGUGAAAGCCAUUUUAUAGAGAUGUGUGUUUUUACUAAAGAUGAAGCUAUUUUAAGGAAUAUCCUUGAAGAGACCAACAUGAUUGAAUGGUCAAAUUUCUUCUGUUUAGGCACCAGCCUUUGCCACGGGGAGGUUGUGGUGGCCGCGGCUUGGGAGAGAAAGGUAGCUGGGAAUAAAGUUGCUGUGUGUCACAUGAUGACACUCCAGGAUCCAUCCCGCCUCCCACCUGUAGACAGUAUAAUUGAAUCAAAGAUAUCCUCCCUGGAUGAAACCCACGCUGAUCUUGUCAACAAAACGUGGAAAUUCGGGAUGUCGGAGUCCAGUCUUGGGAAGAUACGGAAUAUGAUCCGGCAUUACCCAUCAUGCUGUGUUUUAAAUGCCGAAAACCAGCAGCCAAUAGCCUGGAUUCUGACCUACCCGUCAUGUGCCAUUGGUAUGUUGUACACUCUGCCAGAGCACAGAGGAAAGGGUCUGGCCAGAGCCCUGGUCAACAGCAUGUCCAGGAGGCUCUAUGCUGAGGGUUUCCCAGUAUACUGCUUCAUAGAAGAGGGGAACACAAUGUCCCACAGCCUCUUCACCAGUCUGGGCUUUACUGAGGACCCUCAAUACAGGGAGGCAUGGUUCAACUUUAACAGCUUGUGAGCAUGGCAUAUUGUCAAUGUUGACAAUAAAACUACUUGAUGAAGUGAA